GACUGUGAGCUGGUGGCCUGCCCCCGUGCCCGCCCGACACUCAGCACCGAUCACCCUGCAGACCACGGCACCCACUCCACCCAGUGGAGAUACGGAUCCUGGACGACGUGUUCGGUGUCCUGUGGGAGGGGUACGAGGGCUCGCUACGUCAGCUGUCGGGACACCCACGGUGGCGUCGCAGAUGAGGCCUACUGUGCACAUUUGCCCCGUCCCCCAGAAUCCUCUACGUGCUUCCAACCGUGCGGCCAGUGGCAGGCAGGAGACUGGUCCCCGUGUUCAGUAACCUGUGGUGCUGGGCAGACGACUAGGCAAGUGGUCUGCAGUACCUACCACCACCAGGUGGGGGCAGAGGUCUGUGACCCAGACGAACGUCCAACUGCAGAGCAGGAGUGCGUCACGGUCCCUUGUCAGUCUGUCUAUCGCCCCGGCAACCAGCCCCAGUUGCCCAACACAGACUACCCCUACGAGCCAGGCAGUCACCCUGGGCACAGCAGUUGGAAUGUACCAUCUGCGAACAACCAAUGGAGGACGGGUCCCUGGGGGGGGUGCUCCAGCACGUGCGCCGGGGGCUUCCAGCGGAGGGUGGUGGUCUGUCAGGAUCUGGAGGGCCAGCCCUCAUGGAGCUGCGAGGAGAGAGUGAAGCCAGCUGAGACGAAGAGCUGCACGCCGGGCCCCUGUCCGCAGUGGGACUACGGAGUCUGGGGCGAG